AUGAAUAGACCUAAUAAUAUUUAAAAAGCUAAAUCAUUAGCCUUAAAAUAUAAUUAAAAAGUUUAAGUUUAGGAUGAAGAUUAUGAUGAAGAAGAUUACGAUAUUGGUCCUCCUAAAGCUGUUACUGAAAAAUCAAAAAGACAACCCAUCAAUGUCUUUGAUAAAAUCAAUAAACUCUUUGAUGACCCUACAAUCAAAAAUUUAAAAGAUUUUGACCAUGACGAUUUUUUGAAUAAAGAAAAUGAUGAGGAUGAUAGUCUACCACAAAUUUAAGGGAAGACUAAAUCCAAGUCUAUGCAGUCAGGAAAAUAAGUUUUAGAAAAAGCUAAGCAGUUACUUGAGAAGAAUAAAGAUGAAAUUCCUGUGAUGAAAGAAAAAGCAAAAAAGAAAAAAGUUACAAUUUAAUAAAAGCAAUCUAAAGAAAACACAUUUGUAACAGGAUUAGGGUUAUACUAAGAAAAAAAUGAGGAAGAAGAAGAGGAAAAACCAGAAAUAAAAGAAUAAGAAAAAAAAGAAGAAGAUGAUGAUGACGAAAACGAUGAUGAAUAAUAUGAAGAUUUUGAUGAAAAUGAAUAUUUAAAAAAGCUUUAAGCAGAAGAAUUAGAUGACUUAGAAGAAUUAAGAAGGAUGAUAGCUAAAACAAAAAAGGAAAUAUAAGGCUAUGCAGGAGAGGUUUAUCAGCUUAAAAACUCUAUUAGCGAUUUAAAUUUAGGGUAUAGGGGAGUUGGAUAUGGAGUUGACGAGGAUCUUUUCAGUGAAAUGGACAGAGAAUUUAAUCGUUUUAUGCCUGGUGGUGAUACUAAUAAAUUAUUUGAUAAUUUUGAUAACAAACUACGUAGUUCAUAACCUAUUUUAAGCACUGCAAAAAAAGGAGUUAAAAAGAAUACUUUUAUGAGUGGUACAACUUCGACCAAUAGUAAUUCAAUUUCAGGGUCUACAAGUUAAUCUGGAAUUAGAAAACCACCAAUUGUUCGUUAACCCGUCCUUGAAAAAGCAUAUGGUACCUCUAAAAUGCCAGAGUUACUACCUAUAUCAAAUACUAAAAAAUCAAUGAGAGAGACCUUUUAUUGA